AUGGAUGAUAGAAUUGUCAAUAUAGAGAAGGUUCAAGCUGAAAUGCAAGAGAAUUUAAAAAAAGUGCAAGAGGAUAUGCGAGAACAGAUAAUGAAGGCUCAAGACGACAUGAUGAGAUUAAGACAAAGAAAUAUUAUCAACUUCGGUGACAGUGAGCAACCUAAUGUGGCUCAGAACCCACUGUCGAACCAUGCAGGAACAGGGGUUAAUGUUGUUAUUGAAGGAAAAGGGAAUGAUGUCAUAACCAAAGUCAAUGAAGUAAAGGCACCCAUGCAUUGGGUAUGGGGGCAAAUGGUCAAAGUAGGCUGGUUGACCUUUAAUGCUAACGGGAAUAAGCAUGCUUGCCCCUAUCACCAUUGCGAGGAUCAUGUCAUUCAAAACUGUGAUGAGUUCAAGGCCUUGGUUCAAAGGCUGAUGGAUAGUAAAGACAUGGAAUUUUACCAUGAGGCUACGAAAGAGAAAGAGAUUGAGAUUUGUGCUUCCGAAGACACAUCCAAGGGAGUUUACAAUACUAACUACCCUUUAGUCAUCACACCGAAAGCUCAUACUAUAGAAAGGUUAAUCCCAAAAGUGAUGAUCAUGCAUCCGUCGUCCUUUCCAUAUAAAGACAACAAGCAUGUCCCUUGGAGGUAUGAAUGCCAAAUAGAGAAUGUUGAGAGUUCAGAAGCUGCUAAGAAAGAGGUGGAUGAGGUAUGCCACUUCACCAAAAGUGGGAGAUGUUAUUCUCCUAACCAAACCAAUGAACCUGAGAAAAUAGCGGCCCCUAAUAAAGGAAAAAUGGUCGAGAUAAUGAUGAAAGAUGAUGAGUCAACAAUUAAUGAGCCGGUAAUAGAGAACGAGGCUGUAGAGUUUUUAAAAUUUUUGAAGCAUAGCGAGUACAGCAUCAUCGAGCAACUACACAAGUUGCCAGCUCGCAUCUCAAUCCUUUCUCUACUAUUAAGCUUUGAGGCACAUCGAAAUGCAUUGCUGAAAGUUUUGAAUCAUACUUUCGUACCAAAAGAUGUGCCUGUUGAAAAGAUAGAUCGACUGGUUGCAAAUAUUCAGGCGGAUAAUUUCAUCUCUUUCUCUGAUGACGAGAUCCCAUCCAGAAUGAUGGGCAAUCCUAAAGCCCUGCACAUUACCAUCAUGUGCAAGGGACAUGUGUUAUCGCGAGUACUAAUUGAAAAUGGCUCUGCCCUGAAUGUGAUGCCAUUAGUGACAUUGAAGAAACUGUCGGUUGAUAGUACACAGAUGAGAAAUUGCCAAAGUAUCGUUCGAGCUUUUGACGGAACAAAGAAGGAGGUGUUGGGGAAGAUCGAUAUUCCUUUAACCAUAGGCCCAUCAACCUACGAGAAACUUAAAUUUGUAAUUGAGGGGAGACUGGUAUGCCUUAAUGCUGAGGAAGAUAUCAUUGCUUCCAUAUCUACUAUCGCUCCAUAUGUCGAAAUAGAUGAAGAUGCGGUCGAGUGCUCUUUCAGAGCCUUAGAAUUCAUUAAUGCCACCUUUAUUGCCGAAAGAAAGAAAAUUCUAAAGCCUAGGCUAUCCAAUUGUACCAAAAUGGAACUGAAAAUGAUUAUGGGAAGAGAAGCCAAGGUUGGAAGAGGGCUGGGAAGCCGCCUACAGGGAAAUAUUAGUCCAGUUUUUCUUGGUACUAAGCGAGAUCGUUUUGGUCUGGGAUAUCGACCGACCUUAAAGGAAAAGUUAAAAAAUCUUCAAAAGAGCCAGGAAAGGAGGAAAACCAGGACCUCCGGUAUCAAUAGUAUGAGUGCUGAUGACUCUGACCCGAAGAUAGAUUUCGAGCUGCCCAUAUGUCAAGGGGAAAUUGAAGGUUAUGAUAAUGAUGAGGGAAGUGACUUACCUUUUGAACUACUAAAAAUGGUAGAGAGAGAAGAUAAACAAAUUAUGCCUCAUGAAGAGCCCUUUGAGAUCUUGAAUUUAGGAUCAGAGGAGGAUAAAAAUGAGAUAAAGAUUGGCAUCAUCAUAUCUGCUGAGGGACGACAAAGUCUGAUUCAGUUACUUCGAGAGCACAGAGAUGUGUUCGUUUGGUCGUAUGAGGACAUGCCAGGGUUAGAUACUGAAUUAGUGGUACAUAAAUUGCCAAUAAAUCCCGAAUAUAAACCGGUACAACAAAAGCUCAGAAGAAUACGACCCGAAAUGCUGCUUAAAAUUAAAGAAGAAGUAAAAAAAGUAAUUCAAUGCUGGAUUCCUGAAAGUAGCCAAGUAUCCGGAAUGAGUAGCAAACGUUGUUCCAGUACCAAAUAA